AUAGAUAAUACGAAACGUGAAUAUGUCUAUUAUUCCUUACCACUUCCAUCCGGAUUAAAAUUGUCAUCGGAUAGUAUUGCCAUCCUUAAGAAAAAAUUAACGAUGCUUGAACAGGAUUAUAUGAAUCGUAAGAAUGAAGUAGAAGCAAUGUUGACAACUGUCAAAAAUCUUUAUGAUGAAUUAAACACUCCUUCAGAAGAAAGAAUAAAUUUAAUUUGUUCACUUGAUGAAGACUAUUUUAAUAAGUUAUCCUUGGAACUUAAACGUUUACGAGACAUCAUGCAUGUUGUUGUUGAAAAAGCUAUUGAAGAAUACACUGUUCAAUUGGGCUCCCUCUGGGAUAAAUGUCUGGUUCCGCAAUAUGAACGAGAUGAUUUCUUUGAAAACGUACACAAAAUUGACUCUGCUGAGGAAGUUUAUGAACUUCUUGCACAAGAAACGACGCGUUUGGAAGAACUUCAUGUUAAAUGUUCCAAGAUCUUUAAAUGGAUGUUGGAGAGACGUCAAUUGAUUGAGAAAAUGAUUGAAUUUGAGAAAACGGCAUCUGAUCCACGUCGUCUAUUCCAAAGCUCUUUCCGAUUAUUGGAAGAAGAGAAAUGGCGAAAAUCGUGUUGGCCUAAUUUGGUGAAAAUUGAAGAUAAUUUGAUUAAUGCAUGCAUCGCUUAUGAAGAAGCCGAGAGAAAACCUUUUAUGUAUGAAAGUAUGCGAUACUUGGAUACGCUGCAAGCGGAAAUUUCAGAACGCACCGUCAAUCAAAUGUUCUUUGGCUUUGAAAAAGAUGCUGCUAAAGGUUCAAUCCAAAAACAGGCCAAAGAUAACAAGAACACAACAACAAAACGUAAGGAGAGUAAGGAGAAUAAAUCAACACCAAAAAUUCCACAAAGCCGAUCAGUAUCGCCGGCUGCAUCCGUAAACGGUGAUCAAAGUCUAUCACAUAACAGUCAAUUAAUGCAACCUCCAGUAUCACCUACAUCCAUUAAUGGUUCCCGGACGCGUAAUAGUCAAAAACUUUCUCCUAGCAACUCAGUACCACUUUCAAAUUCUGAAAAUUUACCCAACAGAUCACGAAGAAGUAGCAAGGCUAUAAGUCGUUCCGUUUCUCCUGCAAAGUCUACCACAUCAUCACGUGCAACAUCACGUGCAACAUCACGUACAACAUCACCAGAGAGAAGGUUAACCCGAAAACGAAGCACAAAUAACAUAAGUUUGACUCCACCUUUAAGUCCAACUCAUCGCGUGUCGAGCUCAGAUAAUUCAACGCUUCAUCCUGAAACUGCUGCUCAAAAGACGAAUAAACAUGAUGAUAAUAAGAAUUUGACUGCUUCUCGUCGGUCAUCACUCUUUCUCGGUAAGGGUAACGCUACAUCAAAACGUAGCAAUAGUAUUUCUAGUACAUCAAGUGAAUCAUCAUCUGUUUCAUCCAUUGCUGCACCCUCCACACCAACUACUCCUGCACCACCCUCAACUUCAUCUUAUAUUGUCAAUGGACAUUUAAGUGUACCCGUUACAUCAAAAACUAAAAAAGAAACUGAUAAAAAUACUAUGAUUAAAAUAACAAUAGAUAACGAAGAUAACAAAAGUAAUGUAUCUUUAAUACCAGCCAAAGCAACAAAAUCUACAACACCUAAUACUGCAAGAAAAACAAAUAAAGAUAUAGCAAAGGCUAGGCCUCGGAGUGUUGUUGGGCAAUGA